UUUUGGCAUUUCGGUUUAAUGAUUAUUUUCCCCUGGCUUCGAACUCCACACAGAGAGCAAAACGACGACUCUUGUUCUACUCUCUCUAUCUUGUUCCCCACACCAGCUUUCUCCGCCGAUCUUCCGCCAUACUACGGUACCGGAAUCUCCGAGAUGCCACCGUAUGUUGACUGUUAAUUAAUUUCCGGUUUGACUAUCUCUACGCAUUUACUGGGGCGUAUAUAAUACACACACACACACGCGUAUACAUGCCGAUUAAAUUAGGGGUUUUAAGCUGAAUCGUGGAUGGGCCAGAAGAAGAAAACCUCCGCGUCUCGCUCCAAACAACCGCCGUCUUCUACGGCUGUGACGGUGGUAGAGGUGGAGCCGUCUGAGAUUUCCGCUUGUAGCUUCAACGAUGGGGGUUUUUCCGGACCAGACGCUAAUGGUGAGCCGUUGGAUUCAUCUGUCGUCAAGCUAGAAUGCGAGAAGGCACUGAAGUCGUUUGGACGGGGGAGCUAUAACAAGGCGAUUCGUCUGAUAAAGGAUUCGUGCUCUCGCCACCAAGACUCUGCCCUAAUUCACCGUGUUCAGGGAACUAUCUGCGUGAAGGUUGCUGCUGUCUACGAGGAUCUCGCUACGAAACAGAAGUAUCUCCGAAAUGCAAUCGAAUCUGCUAGAAAAGCUGUGGAGCUGUCUCCUAACUCGAUUGAGUUUGGGCAUUUUUAUGCCAACUUGCUUUAUGAGGCUGCUAACGAAGGGAAGAGAGAGUACGAGGAGGUUGUGCAAGAGUGCCACCGUGCUCUCUCCAUCGAAUAUCCGAUUGAUCCUGCUAGAGAGAGUCUUCAGGAUGAGACUCAGCUGAAGAUAUUGACACCUGAGGCUCGUAUUGCUCAUUUCCAGGAUGAGCUCAGGUCACUGAUACAGAAGUCUAACAUUUAUUCAUUGUCCACUUGGAUGCAGACCUUGGGAAAUGGUGAAGAGAAAUUUAGGUUGAUCCCUCUUAGGAGAAUGGCCGAGGAUCCUAUUGAGAGUAACUUGAUUCAGUCCAGGAGGCCUAAUGAGAUUAAAAAAUCUACCAAGACUAAUGAAGAGAGGAGGAAGGAGAUUGAAGUGAGGGUAGCUGCGCAUAGGUUGUUGCAGCAGAAGUCAGAGUCUUCCCCGUCGGAGAAUGUAGAAGCUGUUAACAACAAGGGAUCAGAUUCAGCAUUAGCCGCGGGGCCAAGAAGCGGGGAGAGAAGAAAGCAUGGGAAUGCAAGGAAAAAUGGCUCCACAGCGGAUAGAAGGGAUCGGGUUAGGUCAUACUGGGAUUCUUUGAGCAAAGAAAUGAAGAAAGAAUUCCUAAGAGUUAAGUUUAGUGAUCUUAAGAGUCACUUUAGUGGUUCAAAGGAUGGGCAAGCAUAUGAGAUUGUUAGCGAGGCACUGUCCUUUUGUGAGGCCAAUAAGACUUGGAGGUUCUGGGCUUGCUGCCGGUGUAGUCAAAACUUCAUAGAGUCUGAGGCUCAUAUGCAUCAUAUUGUGCAGGCGCACAUGGGUAACGUCUUACCUAAGAUGCAAAUGGUUUUGCCACAAAUUGUCGACACUGAGAGGAUUGAUAUGCUUUUUAAGUCCCCAUGGAAACCAUUGGAUCUCUCUGCUACACUGAAAUUGCUUCGAAGUCAGCAGAAAAUACAAAAUUCUGAGUUUGAUGAAUUUCACUCUGGAGAUAAUAUGGAUGGUGGUGACGAUUGCUUCAAGGAUGCAUGGAAUGAUACUACACCAGAUGGAGAUACUUGCAACGGUUGGAAUGAGAAUGAAUCUGAAGAGGAGGUUAAGCUAUCGAUCGCGUUUCCUCCUCCUGAUGGAUGGCCUAUAUCUGAUGAUCCUGAACGUGCAAAGCUCCUUGAAAAAAUCCGUGCAGCCUUUGAGCAACUGAUCAGACACAAAUAUUUAGCUGCCAGCCAUCAUGAUAAGGUGAUACAAUUUACGCUGGAUGAACUCCAGAAUCUACCCUCGGUUUCGCAAUUCUUAAAUCGUGGCUUGAACAAGUCACCCUUAUGCAUCUGCUUUUUGGGAGCUUCCCAUCUCAGCAAAAUCCUCAAAUUCCUGCAGGACUUAUCUCAGGCCUGUGGAUUGAGUCGAUAUUCUGAACAAAGUAACCCCCACGAUGAGAUUAAUUUUGGUGACCUGGGUCGUGAAGUCACAGAGGAGAUUCUUCUUGAUAGUGAAGAUUCAUGUCUUCUUAUGGAUGAAAAAUUGCUUGGCACUGAGUGCAUCCAAGAAAAAUAUAUGGGCUCAGCAUUUAAUAAUGUAACUAUAGCAAGUUCUGGAGAUAUUGCUAAUGGAAAUGAUGUGUCUUCUGGUGCGGAUGGAUUUCUUUCAUGGAUCUUCACAGGACCCUCUAGCGAGGAACAAGUUGUGUCAUGGAUGCGCACAAAGGAAGAUAAAACUAAUCAAGGACUGGAGAUCAUGCAGCAUCUUGAGAAGGAGUUCUAUCACUUGCAGAACCUCUGCGAGAGAAAAUGCGAGCACUUAAGCUAUGAGGGAGCACUGCAGACUGUCGAGGAUCUUUGUCUUGAAGAAGGCCGGAAGAGGGAGACUUCAGCAGAAUUUACCCAUGAAAGCUAUGAAACUGUGCUGAGGAAACGAAGAGAAGAGCUAAAUGAGAGUGACCAUGAGUUGUUGUUUAUCAGUAGCAGGUUUGAGUUAGAUGCUAUAACAAAUGUUUUGAAAGAUGCCGAAACUCUUAACCACAAUCAAUUUGGAUAUGAAGAAUCAUAUGGCUGCACUAGUUCUCAGCUUCGUGAUCUGGAAUCUGGUGAAGCUGAUGAAUGGGGGAUAAAGGAUUCCUUACAUGAGGCUGACAGUUUCAUAGAGAUUGCGAUUCAGAAACAAAAAGAGCAGUUGUCUGCAGAGCUUAGCAGAAUCGAUGCACAAAUGAUGCGAAAUGUCACUGGGAUGCAGCAAUUAGAGCUAAAGCUUGGACCAGUUUCCUCCAACGAUUAUCAGAUAGUAUUGUUACCUUUGGUGAAGUCCUACAUGCGGGCACAUUUGGAGGCGUUAGCAGAGAAAGAUGCCACUGAGAAGUCUGAUGCUGCAAGAGAAGCCUUACUUGUUGAGCUAGCUCUUGAUUCUAAGAAGGAGGCUCGAGGAAGAAAUGAUAAUUCAAAAAACACGCUGGAAAAGUCCAAGGACAAGAAAAAGAUUAAAGACACUAGGAAAGUGAAGGAUAUGAAGGCAACUAUUGGAAGCGACCAUCGCUCCAAUGCUGAUUCAGUUGAACACAGCCCCCUUCCGGUUGCACCUGUCGGCGAUCAUUCAGAGGCUGACAUUGUUUCUGAAGCUGUUGAAGCUUUAAAAGAAGAGGAAGAGGAAUAUAAACGCCAAAUAGAGCUAGAGGAGGAGGAGAGAAAACUUGAAAAAACCCUAGAGUAUCAGAGAAGAAUUGAGGAUGAAGCUAAGGAGAAGCACAUGGCAGAACAACAAAAGAAAUACAGCUCUUCAGUUCCCAUGAAUGUUGCAAAGACAGUGUAUAAUGGGUGCACAGAUAAUGAAGUUGAUUAUUUAGUUUUACAAGGACAAGAAAAAUCCAUAAAUCAGGAGAAAAGGAAUGGACGACUUGAUGACCUGGAAGGAGCCAGUGUGAAUACAAAUGGAGUUUUCCCGUCAACAAAUCAUUCUGCGAUAUCUGAUACUGCAAAGGUGCAGAAUGUAAAAUCCCAAAAAGUAGUGCCUAACGGCACAGCUAUGCAAGCUGGUAUUUUCCAAUCUGAUCAACGAACUGGGAGGAGAACUAGACGCCAAAAAGCUUCAAACAAGUUAGCUGAUGGAAAAUAUCCGGUCACACCUCCUGAGACCGAAAAUAGUAAAUCUCAGUUGUCAGGCACCAACGGCGAGAGACAUUCUGAAACUCUACGUAACAAUGGUGAUGUGGGAACAAAGACAUUAAGACAAUUACAAGCUGAAGACGAUGACGAAGAAAGGUUUCAAGCUGACAUGCAAAGGGCAGUGCUUCAAAGCCUUGACGUGUACCAAGGAGGUAGAAAUAUGGCGUCAUGUUUGAGGACACCGCUGGAAGUAAACAAUGAUGGGGGUUUAUCUGAUGACACAAUGGAGUCUAGGAGCUCAACAGGAGUUACCAUAUUUGGCACAGGUCUUCAGAAUGAAGUUGGCGAAUACAAUUGCUUUUUAAAUGUUAUCAUACAGUCUCUAUGGAAUUUGGAGCUGUUUCGAGCUGAGUUCUUACGGAGUUCAACACGAGAGCACCAUCACGUGGGAGAUCCUUGUGUUGUCUGCUCUUUGUAUGAAAUCUUUACCGCUUUGAGCGCUGCUUCAAGUGAAAAACAAAAUGAACCUGUGGCACCUUCAUCUCUCAGGAUUGCUUUAAGUAAUUUGUAUCCAGAUAGUAGUUUCUUCCAAGAGGCUCAGAUGAACGAUGCUUCAGAAGUACUGGCUGUGAUCUUUGACUGCCUUCAUCGCUCAUUUGCUCAAAGUUCAAGCGUGUCUGAUGUGGAUUCCUCAGACAGCAACUGUACUGGUUCAUGGGACUGUGCCAACCGCACAUGUAUUGCCCAUUCUUUGUUUGGAAUGGAUAUUUUUGAGCAACUGAAUUGCUACAGCUGUGGGCUGGAGUCCAGGCAUUUGAAGUACACUUCCUUUUUCCAUAACAUCAACGCUAGUGCCCUACGCACCAUGAAGGUUACAUGCGCUGAAAAUUCAUUUGAUGAACUUCUUAACCUUGUCGAGAUGAACCAUCAACUAGCCUGUGAUCCCGAAACCGGUGGGUGUGGGAAACUCAACCAUAUCCACCAUAUUCUCACUACUCCACCACAUGUAUUUACUACAGUUUUAGGGUGGCAAAACACAUGUGAGACUGUAGAAGACAUAGCAGCUACUCUUGCAGCCUUGAAUACCGAGAUAGACAUCAGCAUCAUGUACCGUGGUCUGGACCCUAAGAGCACAUAUAGCUUAGUUUCUGUGGUUUGUUAUUAUGGACAGCAUUAUCAUUGUUUUGCACAUAGUCGUGAGCACGAUCAGUGGAUCAUGUACGAUGACAAAACCGUCAAGGUGAUCGGUAGCUGGAUCGAUGUUCUUUCAAUGUGUGAAAGAGGACACUUGCAGCCACAGGUUCUUCUCUACGAGAGACGUUAAAAUAAAAAAGAAGCAAAACAAAUGCAGACCAAGUAGAGUUCUGUUGCUACAAUUUAGGAGAUCUCGUAAGUACAUACUACAAAGGAAGUAAGUACGUUUUUUUGACAAGCAGAAGUAAACUCGAGAGGAAAGAAUGUGAUUUUACACUCAUCUCAGUGGUUCUAACUUCUAAGAGGAUGGGGAAGACGAUUUUGUCUUUAAAAUUUAAGCAAAAGUGUUUUCAGUGGAAGAGGUCAUAGAAGAAGAUAUCAUGUAGUUUUCUUGGUUACAUCCUUGUCACAUUAAGGAUUAUAUGUUCAUAUAAAUCUAUUUCAUCGGUCAUCUCUAUAGAUCAUAUCAUCAUUAUACAUAUAUCAUAUCUUGUCAACUAAUGAAAAUGAAGUCAGAAGUUAGGAGAGAAAUUGCAGAAACUCUAAUCCAAUGAAAUCUCUACAUAUCAUUCUUUUAACA